AUGGCGACUGCCCCGCAGCAGAGGAAGACCUUUAACAUUGGCACUCGCAAGUCGAAGCUUGCCCUCGCCCAGACACAACAGGUCGUGGAUGCCUUGAAGCAGCGGUACCCUGAGUACGAAUUCAACAUUAAGUCAAAGGACACCGCGGGCGAUCGAGACAAGAGCACCGCAUUGAAAGACUUCUCCACCAAGAAUCUGUGGACAGAAGAGCUGGAAGAGUUACUCGUUGGCGGGCAACUAGACUUCAUUGUGCAUUCAUUAAAAGAUGUGCCUACUUUACUCCCUUCCACUUGCGCCCUAGGAGGCGUCUUGGUCCGCGAAGACCCACGAGAUGUGCUUCUCGUUAAGCCUGGUCUGCCCUAUACCUCGCUUUCUGAGCUUCCUGCUGGUUCUGUUGUCGGUACCUCAUCGAUACGCCGCACAGCUCAAUUAGCUUUGAAAUACCCACAUUUGAAGGUCGAAAGCGUGCGCGGUAAUGUCGAGACCCGUGUGGCAAAGUUGGACGCAGCGGACGGCCCGUACAGUUGUAUUAUCUUAGCGGCGGCCGGGUUGUUACGGAUUGGUCUUGGGAAUAGAAUCACCCAGUACCUUGAUUCAAAAAACGGAGGCUUCUUUUAUGCCGUUAGUCAGGGUGCGAUUGGCAUUGAAAUCCGCAGCGAUGACAGUGUGACGUUGGAUAUGCUUAAUGAAGUUGGCCACAAGGAGACGUUCUUCACAGUCCUGGCUGAACGUAGCCUGCUGAGAACAGUCGAAGGUGGCUGCAGUGCGCCACUUGGAGUGGAAUCCGAGUGGAUCAGGGAUACGGAUGGAACGAUGAAACUACAGACGCGAACCAUUGUUGUCAGUGUUGAUGGAACACGGCAUUCUACCGCUGAACUUGAAAAGGCCAUCGACAGCCCAGUAGCAGCCGAGACCUUCGGGUUGGAGCUGGCGAAGGAGUUGCUAGCGAAUGGAGCUGCGCCGAUUCUCGAGGAAAUUAAACAGAACAAGGCUACUUCUUGA